AUGUAUUGUUGGACUAUUGCUACUGCUAUAAUGCUCCUUGGGGCAGUAAAUCUACUACUUUGCUUAGGCUCAGCAUGGGCUAUUUCGAUCUGCAAGAUCAGUAAUCAGUGUGACCAAUGUAGAUUAUUAAGUGCCGGUCAGAAAUGCUUCAAAGAUGAACGACAUGAACAUUUAUUCUGUGAUACUGCAAAUAAUCGUAUUAGUAUCCAUGAGAAUUCGUACUUAUUUUGCGAUACAAAGAAGAAUGAAUUAAUUGAAAAAUAUUGUGCACGUAGCGAGCGUUUUUUAAACGGAACUUGUUUGGAUAUCUUACAACGUCACAAACGUCAAAGCGUUGCCGGAGCUGGUCGUGUUGGUGAUUACUGCUCCUUAAAUGCCAACUGCUUGAAUGUUUGUUUUUAA